AUGCCAUCGCAGAGUAACCAAACAUUAGAAAGAGAUUUCAUCCUCUUGAAUGUGUUUAAUGACACCCAGGUUCCCUGGGUUAUGUUCAUCCUCACUGUUCUAGCGCUCUUUGUGACUCUUUUUGGAAAUACAACAAUAAUUAUCUUAAUUCGUGCUGACUCACGUCUCCAUAACCCUAUGUACUUUCUGCUCAGCCAGUUAUCCACCAUGGAUAUCUUGUAUAUCUCUACAUUUGUUCCCAAAAUGGCCUUCUCCUUUCUAUCUGGCAACUACCACAUCUCUUUUGUUGGCUGUGGUGCUCAACUUUUCCUCUUCAUGACUUUAGUGGCAGCAGAGUGUCUUCUGUUGGCAGUCAUGGCUUAUGAUCGGUAUGUGGCCAUCUGCCACCCUCUGCGUUACACAAUAUUCAUGCGGCCCUUGGUUUGUGUGCUCAUGGUUGUUGGCUGCUGGUCAGGGGCACUGCUCAAUGCCUUUAUUCAUGUUGUUUACACACUGACUCUACCUUACUGCAUGUCCAGGGAAAUCCAUAAUUUCUUUUGUGAGAUUCCAGCUCUGUUGAAGCUGGCCUGUGCAGAUACUUCACAAUAUGAAAAAGGUCUUUUUGUCAGUGGUGUUAUUUUUCUUCUCCCCCCAAUCUCAGCUAUCACUGUGUCUUAUGGGAGAAUACUGUCUACUGUAUUGAGGAUAGGCUCAAGCAUGGGCCUCAGGAAAACUUUGGCCACAUGUUCUUCUCACAUGGCUGUGGUGUCUCUAUUCUAUGGGGCUGCAAUCAUUAAGUACCUUUUGCCAAAGUCCUACCACUCUGCUGAGCAGGAUGUGAUUGUCUCUGUCUUCUACACCAUACUUACACCCAUGCUCAACCCUCUUAUCUACAGCCUGCGCAAUAAAGAUGUUGCGAGGGCCCUCAGAAAAGUUCUCAAAAAGCAAAAGUAG